UUAAUUUUAAUUAUUAUUUGUCCACGACUAAUCCAUUUUCUCUCUCUCUCUCUCUCUCUCUUCUCUUACAUUUCUUAUUUCUUUCUUCCCUUUCUAUUAUUUCUCUUGCGGAAACUGAGAGGUUUGUUCUUUAAGUUAGCAACCCUUUUUGUGAGGUCCGAUCAUGGCAGUUGAAGAAGCUGAAGCCAAAGGCUUCAACCCAGGCCUUAUAGUUCUGUUGGUUAUUGGAGGAUUUUUAAUAACCUUUCUCGUUGGAAAUUACGUACUUUACACCUAUGCUCAGAAGAACUUGCCACCAAAGAAGAAGAAGCCUGUUUCAAAGAAGAAGAUGAAGAGGGAGAGGCUCAAGCAAGGUGUAGCUCCUCCAGGAGAGUAAUUAUCUAUGGUUCUUCAAGUAUAUCCUCUAUAUCCACAUGUUUUGAUGCAACUCUAAAGUGAGUUUUGAGUCGUUUUUGUAGUUAGUCGUUGGUUAGUUUAUCGUAUGAUGUAAUGGGUAAUACGAGGGAUUACAUAUCUUUAAUAAGACAGGGUCUCCGAGCCUACCUUGUUUCACCUUCACCCUUAGGAACUAAAUGAGCGGCUUCAGGCCGAUGACUCUUGUGUUGGUUUGGUGUAAAGAUGGGUGUGUUUAUCAGCAGUCUUGGAUCAUUUUGUUGUUAACUUUGUGAUAAAGUGUAUGACACUGGUGUUAAAUACAUUAAUUUUAAUAAAAUAAUUGUGUGAUGUAGGUUUUUCAUUCAACUAAAGCCAUUGG